CGUUGAGGUUGCACGCGAAUUUGAAUUGCCGCCGCGGAUCAGUAAAAAUUUCAAAAACGCGAGAGAGUUUUUUGCCCAAGUGAUCGCAGUGAAAACCGAAUUUGGCACAAUAAAAAAAAAGUCCAACUCUGUGAGCCCAGUGAAAUUCAGUGAAAAUUUGCUAAUUCCAUAGCAUUGGCCAGCUGUGCACCUGGAUUAACGCACAUACCGCUGGAAAUUGAAACCGAAAACGAAAACAAAAGCAAAACAAUAACCGAAUUCGAAUUCCUAAUCGAAUAGUUUCACUUUUUAUUGGAUUAGCCGCAGCAGCAUCCGAAUUGAACAGCAACAGCGACUGAAAACAGGAAAUUUUUUGGCAACUCUUGGAUGCCCGAAAAUGGCGCACUAUGAUCAACGUUGGCUGAAACUCUUCUCCGGCUGCCUUUUCCUUCUUUUGCUGGCGCUGCAGGUUUCGGAGGCCAAGCGAUCAAAUGCCAAUCUUACGGCCUGCCAGCACCUAAGGCGCUCGGAGUCGCGAAGAGCGAAAGCGCUGGAGGGAUCAUCUGUACGAGUGCCGCGAUGCCAAAAGAACGGUGACUUUGAUGCCAUCCAGUGCCAGAAUGAAAAAGCUGGACGGGAUUGCUGGUGUGUGGAUGACUACGGUGUGGAGCUGCCCGGCAGUCGAAAUGAAACGAGAUCAGGAGUGGUGUGUGCUGAGCCGAAGCAUUGUGCCGCCUCCGCGUGCCGUAUGUUCUGCCCCUCGGGAUUCGCCAGGGAUCCGGAUACGGGAUGUUCCGUGUGCCGCUGCCGGGAUCCCUGCGAUGGACUGGAGUGUCCUCGUGGCCAAUCCUGCCAGCUGCAGGAGGUGCAGUGCAAAUCGGAGCCAUGUCCACCACUGCCCACGUGCAAGAAAGCCAGAUCGCUGGCCAAUCUCUGUCCCGCCGGAUUGCCGCUAGCCAUCGAUGAUACCGUGCGACCAUUCCUUUGUGGCCAGGAGCCGGGAAAGCCACAGUGUCCACCACUCUACCAGUGCCUGGUGGAGUCCGGAAACGACUACGGAGUGUGCUGCCCCAGUGCGCUGACCUUCCAGAAGCCCGGAAUCUGUCCAGCCGCCGAUCACUCGCAGUACACCGAGCGAACGGGCUACAUGUGCGGUUCACCCUGCUCCCACGACUUGGAGUGCCGGAACAUGGAGAAGUGCUGCUUCACCAAGGGAUGCCAGUUCAACUGCCAGCAGCCGGGCAAUGUUACAGGUUGUCACCAGGCCAAGGCCUUAGCCGACAUCCUGUCGAUUAAUGAGCGCGAAGGACGCGGCUAUGUGCCCGAGUGCAAUGGUCCUGGUGGUCAGUUCUCGCCAAGGCAAUGCUCUAGGAAUGGACUCGUCUGCUGGUGCGUAGAUCCCCGUACCGGACACAAGAUCAAGGAGACCAUGGGAGCGGCCAACAAUGUGAACUGCGAUGGAUGGGAGAACAUGAUCAGCAGGUCGUAUGCCAGGAGUUUCCAGAUGGAGCAGUGUGAUACCAACAUUUGUGCCGCCGUCUGCGAGUACGGAUUCAAGAAUGACCACAAUGGCUGUCCCACUUGCGAGUGCUCUGAGCCCUGCGAUGGCUUCAAGUGCUCCAUUGGCUCCCACUGCGAGGUGGCCACCGAUCCCUUGUGUGAAUCCGGCUCUUCCCUGUGCGCUUCCUGGCCCGUCUGCAAACCUGAUCUGGUGUACUCCAAUCCCUGCGAUGUGGGAACACCACUUUCGGACACCGCCACCGGUGAGGUGAUGUAUUGCUACGACGAUCGUCAAGGACGCAGCUUCCAGCCCACAGCCUUCUUCGAAACUGAACCGGAAUCGCAGUCAAAGCAGGGUCGCUCCAUGAGCAACAGGAUUAUGUGCCCGGAGCAGUACAAGUGCACCAAACUGCAUCGGGAAACGGAGAAUGUGUGCUGUCCAGUGCCGGAAAAACCAAAUCCAACUGAGGAGGCAGCGGGCACGCAUCAGCAAACCAUGUGCGAGUAUCUGAGGGACUUUUCCGAGCGCAUGGAAGGCACCGAGGAGGGCAUGCAACUGGCGGUGCCAUCGCCACGUUGCACCACCGAUGGCGACUACGAGGCUCGCCAGUGUCAGUUGAAGACGGUACGGGUCACCCGCGCCGAACAACGCAAAAUUCUCGAGGAGAAUACCAUUCGGCGCAUGAGGAUGCUGCUGGCCAGUGCUACUCCCAUCGCAACCAAACGAUCUCGUCGGGAUUUGGAACGCCUGAAGCUGUACCGCGUGGAGGACAGUGCUCUGAAAGUUCAGGUGGCUGCUCCCGUCAUGGGUCGCAGUGCCAAGGUGAUCGACAUGGGUGCAGAUCGUCAGCAGGGAUUGGGGCAGCUCUUCGAGACGGAAUUCAAGAAAGUGGCCUCGGCAACCAAGAGGCCGCCGGAGAACGAGAAUGAGCUCGUGGAAAUGGAGGUGGAGCAGUGCUGGUGCGUGGAUAGCUUCGGCACGGAGAUUCCCCGAUCUCGUGGCUUUAAUGUCAGCGAGGAUACUUGCCGAAGUCUGAGGGAGGACUUGGACUGCCUGGAUCUCACCUGCCGAAUGGGUUGUGAGUAUGGCUUCUCCCUGGAUCCGGACACCCGUUGUCCGGCCUGCCAGUGCAGGGAUCCUUGUGAGGGUGUGACCUGCGGCUCUGGAAAGGAAUGCCGCGUGGUGGACGUGAGCUGCGAGGGUGAGUACUGUCCCCCAGUGCCCGCCUGCUUGCCCAGGAAGCCGGGACAGUGUCCUUACCUGGUUCCUCCCGGUCCCGACAACCUGGAUGCCAAUACCUGUGCUUAUGAGUGCCGCACCGAUGCCCAUUGUGAAGGAGCCCGACGCUGUUGCUCCAAUGGAUGUGGCACCCAGUGUGUGGAUCCUCAAUUGAAAACCGCCUGCCAGCACUUGCAGGCCAUUCAGCUGCACCAGAGUUCCGAGCUGGGAAUCCCCGCCCGUCAAAUGGCGGUGGCCCAGUGUGACCCAAGCAAUGGCAAGUGGGAUCAGGUCCAGUGCUCACCCGAUGGUCACUGCUGGUGUGUGGAUGAACAGGGUAAAAUCCUACCCGGCACUAGAGUCAAAUCUCCACAAACACCCAAAUGCCAGGAGAACUCCAGCUUCGCGUGCCCAAAGACAAACUGCAGCCUGCAGUGCGAGAGUGGCUACCAGAUGGACUCCAAUGGUUGUGCCACGUGCCAGUGCCGAAACUACUGCAAUGAGGUGAGCUGCUCCCCCCACGAGGAAUGCCAACUGAUCUCUGUGGAAUGUGUGGACAGCCCGUGCCCCAAGAUGCCCAUAUGUGUGCCCCGUCGGGCAUCCGUUUGUCCCGAGGGUAAUCCUCUCCAGCAAGGCGACCUGGACCUGAGCUGUGGACCCCACAAUGAGCACGAAGUGUGCCCGACCACCCACUCCUGUCAGCUGAAUCCGGUCAAUAACCGGGGUGUUUGCUGCUCCAAGACCCGCGAUGUUUGCUUCGAGUCCAUGGACAAUGGCUGCCUGGCCACUGGGAAAUCGGAGAGGAAUAGCACUCGCUACAGAUUCAGUCCCAAGGCAAACAAGUGCCUGCCCGUGGUCAUCGACUCCGAGGCACCCGCCUGCCAGACCAAGAACCUCUUCCACAACGAACUGGCCUGCAACUCCGUGUGUCCAGUGCUAACUCAAUGCGAACGCCUGAAACUGAAGAACAGCCUGGCUGCCCAGCGAACAGGACACUCCUCAGUUUGGUUCCAGCCGCGAUGUGAUCCCGUCACCGGCCACUGGAGUCCUGUGCAAUGUUUGGGCAAGCAGCCCCAACCCACCGACAGGCACACGGAGAUCGUCAGUCGCGCCUUUGCAUCUGAACCAGCUGCAUCCGCUGGCGAGGAAGCGCCCGGAGUCUGCUGGUGUGCGGACAAGAAGGGGGCUCCUCUCAAGGGAACGCUCACCCGGGAGAGCGAACCCAUCUGCAACAGCCGACAGGCACGUAACCGCAAGGCAUUCGAUUCGGGAGAUCCUCUGAUGGAGCAACUGAUUGCCCAGCUCACCCAACUGAAUGAUGUUGCUAGCGAGGAUUUGGAUUUCGAUGAGCUGGAGGCUAGGAUUCUGCCUGCCACCGCCAAUGCAGCGGAGUCCAGCGUUACGGAGAGAGUGCUGGAGCUGGCGAACUCACUGCUGGACUCACAGCUAUCCGUGGAGCAGGCCACCCUGAAGCCCAUGGAGCUGAAGACCACACGUUGUCGUGCUCUGGCGGAAACGGCACCAUUUCCGGUUAGUUGCGAUGAGGCGGGUGCCUUCCGCCCGCUGCAGUGCAACGGCAGGAGUUGCUGGUGCGUCGAUGCGGCUGGAAACCAGCUACAGUCCACCCACGUGUUUGGAGCAGGCGAUCGCCGCUGCAGCCAUGUUCCCAUCGAGGCUGUGGCCAUCGAACUCCAUCUGACCAACAGCAGUGGCCGGAGUGUAAGGAAUGCCUACGACACCAUACGGCGGGAACUGCAGCAGCUACUGGGCGGCGAGUCCGUGGAAAACCUGCGCGUCCAGGAGAACUUCGAUGGAUCCGCUAUCGUCCGCUUUGAGCUGCACAACGAGGCCAAGGUGGACUUGGCCUUUGCCAUCGAGGCGGCCAUUUCCGCCGGCGAUUUCCGCCUGGCGGGCGGUCACUUCCGGCCGGACUUGACCCGCUCCCACUUUGUGCACCGCAGUGCACAUGUUCCAGUGGCUCAGGCGGCCACUGCCCAGGACGAGUCCAUCCAGCUGGUGCUGUUCAUUAUGGCCACCAGUUCCGCCUUCCUGGUCAGCAUAUUUGUGGUCUACGUCAUGCUGAAGCGGAACAGGAACCUCAAGUCGGCGAAUCCCUAUUUGAAGGGUGAAGGCGGCGACAAGCCAGUGGACUACUCCGCACCCAUCUUCGUGCUGGCCGCCGACAUGGACAGCAAGAAGGGGUUCACGGCGUAGGGCUUUCGUUGUUGCGUUAUCUAAAUCAAUUUGUAAAUAAAACAGAGCAAAUUUAAGAUCUACUUUUAGGGGGGAGGAGGAGAUUAGAGGCCUUGAUUCUGCCCCAACUAAGCCAAAAGGGGAGUGCGACUAGAGGGAACCCACUUUCGAAUACUUAUCGCAUAUGUUCUAGCAACCUAAGACGAUUAAUUUAUGAA